AUGAAGUCCCUCCUCGCCCUCGGUCUCUUCGCAGGUCUCUCCGUCGCCCAAAGCUCAGCCUGGGCUCAAUGCGGCGGUGAAGGCUUCUCUGGUUCCACAUCCUGCGUCUCGGGCUACAAGUGCACCGUCGUCAACCAGUGGUACAGCCAGUGCCAGCCCGGCACUGCUGAGCCUCCCUCUACUACCCUCAAGACUACCACCGGCGGUGGCUCUACUCCCACUGGAACACCUGGCGAUGGAAAGUUCCUCUGGGCUGGUGUCAACGAGGCUGGUGGUGAGUUCGGAGAGAAGAACCUGCCUGGUACUUGGGGCAAGGACUUUAUCUUCCCCGACCCUGCUGCUGUCGACACCCUCAUUUCUCAGGGCUACAACACCUUCCGUGUGCAGCUCAAGAUGGAGCGUGCUAACCCCAGCGGCUUGACUGGCGCCUACGACCAGGCUUACAUCAAGAACCUCACCUCUAUUGUCAACCACAUCACUGGCAAGGGAGCCACGGUUCUCCUCGACCCUCACAACUACGGCCGCUUCUUCGACAAGAUCAUCACCUCCACCUCUGACUUCCAGACCUGGUGGAAGAACUUUGCUACUAUGUUCAAGAGCAACAGCCGCAUCAUGUUCGACACCAACAACGAGUACCACACCAUGGACCAGACCCUCGUUCUCAACCUCAACCAAGCCGCUAUCAACGGUAUCCGCGCUGCUGGUGCCACUCAGUACAUCUUCGUCGAAGGCAACCAGUGGUCCGGCGCCUGGUCGUGGCCCGACGUCAACGACAACAUGAAGGCUCUGACGGACCCCGAGAACAAGCUCAUCUACGAGAUGCACCAGUACCUCGACUCUGACAGCUCUGGCACCUCGCCCAACUGUGUUUCCACUACCAUCGGUGUCGAGCGUCUUCAGGCUGCUACCAAGUGGCUCCGUGCCAACAAGAAGAUCGGCAUGAUCGGAGAGUUUGCUGGUGGUCCCAAUGAGACCUGCAAGACUGCUGUCAAGAACAUGCUUGACUUCAUGAAGGCCAACACUGAUGUCUGGAAGGGCUUCACCUGGUGGUCUGCUGGUCCUUGGUGGGGUGACUACAUGUACAGCUUCGAGCCUCCCAGUGGUUCUGCGUACCAGUACUACAACUCCCUUCUCAAGACUUAUGUCUAA